AUAUCUUUGAAAACUUUGAUAGUCUUCUGACAAAACGACGAUGUCAGGCCGAGCGAAGCAUUGUAGUGGAGGUUCCAUCAGUUAACUCUUUAGACCAUGUCUUGCACAGCUGUUGUGCGAUUGGCCAAGUUUCAUCACUUUUUCACUAUACAACCUUCAAUAAAUAUGUCAACAAGCACAAAGAAAUGUUACUUGUUGAGUUCUCAGAGCCCAUUAGUGCACGUGAAAUGAUGCUUUACUGUCCAACUUCAUCAUCUGCAUGCCUACCGGUCCGGUCACCCUUCUUUCAGUACCAUGACCAAAGAACGUCUCCGGCACCUCUCCGGCAAUCUCAGAGUCUCUCAACUGACAACUUGAACAGACAAGAACAAGUGGAAAAGCAGAAAAUCUUCAGGGAGAACCUUCUCUCUGACAAAGAUCUCAAGCAAAGCAUUUUUUCUUGCAAUAGUAUAUCGGAGCAGAUGAAACUCUUCUAUGAUAAAACUAAGCUCACUGACCUGGGAAGCCGACUCAGAUUUUUGACAUGUCGACAGGUUGAGGUAGCACUGGCAGGUCCAUUACCUCAUCUGUCAGCACUGCCGUUUGGCUCGUCUGUGAAUGGUUUUGGGCACUGUUUGUCAGACCUCGAUAUGGUUAUGCAGUUGGAACAUUCAGAGCUUGUCAGAGCCUGUCCGGAGUGGGCUGAGAGCUUUGUGCUGCAGAAUGCAAGUGACACAGCAUUCGGUCAGCAGCGUGUAAGCAGCACGCGCUUCCUGGAGCUUGUUGCAGAUGUGUUGCGCAGCACAAGCCCAGGCUGCACACAGAUAGUGAAAGUACUGAAAGCCAGAGUGCCCAUUGUCAAGUACCAUCAACAGCUCACAGGACUCGAUUGUGAUCUCUCCAUAAACAAUUGGUCCGGGCUGUACAUGAGCGAGUUGCUGUACCAGUACAGCGCUCUGGACGCCCGCGUGGCGCCGCUGCUGUUCUGCCUGCGGCUGUGGGCGAAGGAGGCGCAGCUCACCUCGCAACACCCAGGCCGCUGGAUCACCAACUUCUCCAUCACCACCCUGGCUCUUUACUACCUCAUCUCACUCAGAAUCCUGCCUCCCUUCGAGCUGCUCAAGAAGCAUGCGCGCCCUGAAGACGCACGUGUGGCCGAGAACAGCCUUGACUGCUCCUACCUGCGAUCGCUGUCACGCAUCGCGGCGCUGCACUCGCCGCCCAAGGCCACGCGCAGCCUUACCUUAGAGGACCUCCUGCUCGGCUUCUUCAGCUUCUACGAUGAGUUCGACUUCAGGAAGCAUGGCCUCACCAUCAUCUACGGCAAAACUUUUAUCAAACCCGACUCGUCGGCAAUGUAUAUACAAAACCCGCUGGAUGGCUCGUUGAAUGUGAGUCGCAACGUGACGCUGGAGGAGGUCGAGAGGUUCAGCAUGGCGGUGACGCGGGCACUGCACUCUCUGCAUCAGGAUGCUCCUCAGACGUCUCCUGGGUGGGGUCUGCUAUCGUUGUGGUCCUCUUCUGAUCACCGUCCUCUGCAAGCCAUCAGUUUAGACUGGAAUCUAAUAUUCAAUAAUGACGUCAAGAAGUCUCCUCCUCAUAGUGCCGAGCAUUCCAGUGCUGAUAGUAACGUGUCACCUCAGAAUAGAGCAGCAGUUAAGCCAUCUGAUACUUUGCAUCGUAAAGUUGAUCUUCGACCUGAAAUUUCUACAGGAAAGAGCGUUCGGCUUGUAAGCAAUUCUUCACCGUCUGUAAUUAACCCACAGUCUGCUUCACGCAACAUACAAUCGCCCGUAGCUGAGGGCAAGUAUUUCUCUGAACUGAAACUCUCAUCUGCGAGUAAAAAUUCCAAUAGGAAGUCUUCUAAAAGUAACGAGCACAAGCGCAGUCUUAAGAUAUCCAUGAAGUCGAGGAAAUAACAACGGCCUAACCAUUAACCAAUUGUAAUGAUAAAACUUCCCGCUACCUGCCCUUCAUGUUAUUGUUUUAAUGGGGAGUUCCAGUUAGACACCAUGCAAAAGUGUCUUGUGGGAAUAGGAUACAGUAUUUAAAACUAAGAUUGUACUAUAGAAACUCACUUGAAUACAAAUAACGGCCGAUUUCUCGUCUGUGAUUGGUGGGUUUAGAUUGAAAAACCGUCAGUGAUGGGCUAAAUUGGGUACAAACUCGUAACUUUUUGACAGAACUCUCCCAGACCUUGACCUUGCCUCUGGUCUGAAACUUGUGUGUUUGGUUAUGUGAUCCUGCCUUCCUAUCAUCGUUUAUUAGAGUUGCUUACAGGCGGUUAACCAUUCUCAUGCUGCCACUCGAGAACGUUGGGGCUUUUGAAGAAUUUUUUAUCGACUAAUUUAUGUUUUGUUGGUGGCUUAUUUGUUGAGAAAUCCCGGCAUUGUUCAAUUUGAGAAUGUUACCUGCAGUUCAUGUCUUUGGAGAUCUGAUUAUCCAAAUAAUCCAGGCAAUGAAUGGUAGCAAUUAAAAUGCUUGUUAGAUCGAAGAUAAUCUUUAGCUCACAAAACUGGCUUUAAUUAUUUUCGAAAUAAAUGAAUGGCGAGAAAACUAUGGCUUUUAUUUACACGCAUUAAACGAGUGUGAGAGAAAGUGGCUGAAUAUUAAUAAAGAGUUGAUAAUAAGACGAGUGGCCUCCAAUGCCCUCGUGUGCGUGGGCGCCAUCGUUGGUGUUUUUUUCUUCAAUUUCGGAGUAUCCGUAGUAUUAUGAAUGAAAGUUAGGAGUUCUUGCUCAUCACGAACAUGGUUUUCAUCUAUUUUUCCUUUCCUUCUUUGAAAAAAAGCACCCGAUAUGACUAUCGCACGUGUUCUCCAUUCAUACUGGAGAUAUUUUCUCGUAUUGUGCACUAUAAUCACAUCCGGCAGUGAUAACGUUUGGAGUUUUUGUUGCAAGUCUGAGCACAAAUAAGUUGCAGGAGUCUCAGGAAAU